AUGGCACAAACUGCUAUCGACACAUCAACAGAAGACAUUAUCCAUGGAACAGAUACCCCCAUGGCAGCUGUUGCCCCUGACAAUGUAUCCAUCAUUGAAAAUUUGUUCCUGACAGCAGAAAAAAAGCACAACAGAUUUUCAAGGAGUAACAGAAAGAAGAAACCCAAGCAAAAGACAAUACCCAUAUACCAACUGUUUCGAUUCGCAACACCACUCGAUAUAUUACUGAUAUUCUGUGCAGCCGUUUGCUCUGCUGGCACGGGCGCCAUUAUGCCCAUCUCUGUUAUUUUCAUGGGAAAUCUCUUGGGCGAUUUAACAGCAUCAUUAGCAAAUCCCAGUAUGCUGCUCGACGCUUGCAUGCCGUUGAUCCUGAUUUUUGUAUAUCUCGGCACAGCUACAUUAGUAGCUGCUUACAUCUCAAAUUGUUUCUGGAUCAUGACAGGCGAAAAUCAAUCGCAACGCAUCAAAAAGGCUUACAUGCAUUCCAUCAUGCAUCAAGACAUGGCCUGGUUUGAUAUGGCUGAUGACGGUUCUCUGGUGACGAGAUUGAGUAGUGACAUUAAUCUCAUUCAAGACGGUAUCUCUGAGAAAAUGGGUCUUUUCAUUAUGUGUAUUGCCCAGUUUAUUGCUGGCUUUGUUGUGGCAUUCACUCAGGGCUGGAACUUGGCAGUCAUCAUGCUGGCAACUAUUCCCGUAAUGGCUGUUACUGGUGGCAUGAUGGGAUAUUUGAUCACUAAAUACACUCUAAAGUCCCAAAAUGAGUACGCUGAGGCUGGCUCUAUUGCUGAACAGGUGUUUUCAGGUAUCCGCACUGUGUAUUCGUUUUCAUUGCAAGAUCGCUUUGGUGAUUUAUACGAAAAGAAACUGGACAAAGCACUAAAGGCUGGUGUUACUCGCGGCAAAGUGCUUGGCUUUGGAUUUGGCACAUUUAUCUUUGUUUUGUUUGCUACUUAUGGUCUUAGUUUCUGGUACGGUGCUACUCUGAUCUACAAAGGCAUCAUCACAGGUCCCAAAGUAAUGACGGUGUUUAUGUCCUUGAUGAUGGGCGCAAUGGCUCUAAUGACGCUCCCUCCCAACCUAUCUGCUAUUUCAAGUGCUUCUGGUGCUGCCUACAAGAUCUUUAGCACUAUUGACAGAGUUCCUACUAUCAACAAGGAAGAUAUACAAGGCAAAAAGACCAUCCAAAACUUGCAAGGCUGCAUUGAAUUCAAGAAUGUUAGUUUCAAGUAUCCUACGCGUCCUGAUCUCACUAUCCUCAAUAAUUUGAGUCUCAAGAUCAAGCCUGGCAUGACCGUAGCGUUUUGUGGAUCGAGUGGCUCUGGCAAGUCUACUACCGUUCAGUUACUACAGCGUUUCUAUGAUCCAUUCCAAGGCCAAAUUGAGCUUGAUGGCAUUGACAUCAAAGACUUGAAUCUCUCAUGGUUAAGACAACACCUGGGCGUGGUAUCUCAAGAGCCUGUGCUUUUCAAUAUGAGUAUCCGCAACAACUUGAUGCUUGGCGUGGAAGGUGACGUUUCAGAGGAAGAGAUGAUUGCCGCUGCCAAGGAAGCCAACUGCCAUUCGUUCAUUUCCAAGCUACCUGAUGGCUACGACACGCUUGUUGGAGAAUCUGGGGGCAUGUUAUCCGGUGGUCAAAAGCAAAGAAUUGCUAUUGCUCGAGCAAUUCUCAAGAACCCGCCUAUUCUUCUUUUAGAUGAGGCCACAUCUGCAUUGGAUACACAAUCCGAAAGACUCGUAAAAAACGCUUUGGACGCUGCUGCAGCAAGACGUACAACUAUUAUGAUUGCACAUCGUCUAUCUACAAUCCGUAACGCUGACUUGAUUGUCGUUUUGGAUCACGGUCAGAUUGCUGAGAGAGGCACGCACAACGAGCUCAUCUUGAUGGGUGGUAUUUACGCUGAUUUGGUCAAGAAGCAAGAAAUCUUCCUAAAACAAGAUACAUCUGCUGUCUCUGCUGCAGCAAAGGACAUUGAGAAGUGCACUGAGCCUGACGAAGACGAAGCUCUCUUGCAGAAACUAGAGAAAGCCAAAGUCUUGCACAACAAGAAGAACAAUGUAAUCAUCAAGAUGACCGAGAAUGCCGUAGGUGCAGGAAGGACGUCUGCGGCUGAUAUCGAUGUUUAUGAACUCAAGCUGCAAAGAGCCAAAGAAGAAAAGCAACGUGUCAAGCAGCAAAAAGCACCUGUAGGUCGUGUCUUGUCUCAAAUGCGUCCUGAAUUUCCCCUCCUCGCAUUGGGUUGCAUUGGUGCUGCUAUUGCGGGUGCUGUGUUUCCUGUAUUCUCUCUAGUCUUUGCGCGUGUCAUUACAGAAAUCUCUGUACCUGGAAGCAAUCUGAAUCCCGGCCCCUUUAAGGGUGUGAACCUGUAUGCAUUCUUAUUCGUGGUAAUUGGCAUUGCUGGCUUUAUUGGGUUUGCCUUGCAAGUGGUCUCUUUCGAAGUGGCUGGAGAGCGUUAUACCAAGCGAAUCAGAGCUCUUGUGUUCCGCAAGUACAUGAAGUUUGAAAUUGGUUACUUUGACGAAGAGACAAACCAUGCUGGUGCUCUUACUUCUAAGCUUGCUGUGGACGCUAAAAAUGUGAAUGAGAUGGUGACAAAGGUGUGGGGAGAUGUUUCUCAGGUGAUUGUUACUUGUAUUAUCGGUCUCAUCAUCUCGUUUGUAUACAGCUGGACACUUACUCUUAUCAUCAUGUGCAUGGUUCCCUUCAUUGUUGCUGCUACUGCGUACGAAAGCCGAGUGCAUCGUGGCUACGAAGAUAGCACCAAACGUGCGAAUGCUGAAUGUGGUGAAGUAGCUGGUGAAGCCAUCCGGGAAAUCAGAACUGUAACUACUCUGAACCGCCAACAGUUCUUUGAAGAGCGUUAUUCCAGGGCAAACAAGCACCCUCAUGAGUUGGCUGUCCGUCGUGCCUAUCUAUCAUCGAUUGGCUAUGCUCUUUUGAGAGGUAUCAUGCUGUACACAAGCGCCGUCUCUUUCUACGCUGGCAUCAGGCUUAUCAUGGAUGGCUGGAUCGACUUUAUGCAAAUGUACACUUGUAUGAUGACUAUCAUGGUCACUGCUCAAACUGCUGGUCGUGGCAGCGUCUUUACAUCCACUUUCUCCAAAGCUAAAAUUGCGGCUGUUGCUAUCUUUGAAGUCCUUGAUCGCGCGUCUCGUAUUGACCCAGAAUUGGAAGGCAUUGAACCCAAGACUAGUACCAUCAAAGGCACUAUUUCCUUCCAAGAUGUGGCGUUUGCAUACCCAUCUCGACCUGACAAUCGCAUAUUCUCGGGGCAAUUCAAUCUGGAAGGUAAAGCAAACACAACAAUAGCGCUUGUUGGCCCCUCAGGCUGUGGUAAAUCAACAACUGUUGGUAUGCUGCAACGUUGGUACGAUGCUCAGUCUGGCACUGUCGCGUUGGAUGGAAACAAUGUCAAGUCCUACACUUUGAGCAACUUGCGAAGCCAUAUGGCACUUGUCGGACAAGAGCCAGUUCUCUUCGACAUGUCGAUUAUGGAUAACAUUCGCUUUGGUGUAAACAAUGGUAUCGAGGUCACUCAACAGCAAGUCGACGAAGCCUGUAAAGCAGCCAAUAUUUACGACUUUAUCAUGGGAUUGCCUGACAAAUAUUCAACUAAAGUGGGUGAUAAAGGCUCGCAACUGUCUGGUGGGCAAAAACAAAGAAUUGCUAUUGCUCGUGCUUUGAUUCGUAAGCCCAAGGUAUUGCUUCUUGAUGAAGCGACCUCAGCUCUUGACAGUGAUAGUGAAAAAGUGGUACAAGCUGCACUAGACAACAUUAUUGAAAAGGGAGGAAGAACGACUAUUACAAUUGCUCAUCGCUUAUCGACAAUUCAGAACGCUGAUCUUAUUUGUGUAGUCAAAGACGGUGUUAUUGCUGAACAAGGCACUCAUUGGGAUCUUUUGAAAAUGAACUCCAUCUACAGUUCGCUUGUUCAUGAGCAAUCAUUGGCAACUUAG